GAGAAGAAAGAGGGCCGUUGGAGAGCCCGCCAUGACACUUGGAGGAAAGACCGCGAGUCCGCUCAGAGAACCAUUGCACAACUGCCAGGGACCGAAAUGUUAGAAGUGCUGGGUGAGCGAUUCCAUGAACUAUAUGACCUUGGAGUGCCCUUAAUGCCGGCGCCUUCCUUCGCAGCUUCGGAGCGCGAACAGAACUCUGGUGCUGCUAAACCAACAAUGGCCACGAAUUCAAGGAUGCCUACUUUCCCUUCUGUGAGACCCUUGGCUGGGGAUACUAGGCUCCCAACAACCUUAACCACGGCAAAUAACCGCUUGGCUGGUCGCGUACUUCCUCCCCCUGUACUUUCAUGGCCGGCUGCAUCUUAGGCACCAAAUCCGUCUAAUCCCCCAGCUCCGAUGUCUGCUCGGCCCAAUCCACCUGGCACCUACCCGAAUAACGGAAAUGUGAGAGCUGGCCAGAAGAGAACGGCAGACGUUAUGAUCGUUGAUCUGACCGGAGAUUAGCAUGAAAUGGAGUGGAAAU